AUCGCAAUUAUAGCUGUUAAACCCUAAAUCCCAAAAACGAAGUCCAAUUUUCUGCAAUUCUUCUUCUUCUUCUUCGGUCUCUUGAAAGAAUCAAGCUUCCGUUAAACGACGAUGGAAAUUGACAGAUUAGAUGGUCGUACACCAAACCAGUUGAGACCACUGGCCUGUACUCGCAACGUUCUCAACCGAGCUCAUGGCUCUGCCAGUUGGUGUCAAGGGGAUACCAAAGUUCUUGCUGCAGUUUAUGGACCCAAAGCGGGGACAAAGAAGAAUGAAAACCCUGAAAAGGCUUGCAUUGAGGUUAUUUGGAAGCCUAAAACAGGCCAGAGUGGAAAAACAGAAAGGGAAUAUGAGAUGAUAUUGAAAAGGACCUUGCAAAGCAUCUGUAUACUGACUCUCAACCCAAAUACUACGACCUCAGUUAUUAUUCAGGUUGUCAAUGAUGAUGGUGCUCUUUUGCCAUGCGCCAUAAAUGCAGCAUGUGCUGCCCUUGUUGAUGCUGGGAUUCCUUUAAAGCAUCUUGCUGUUGCAAUAUGUUGUUGCUUGGCAGAGAGUGGAUACGUCAUAUUGGAUCCUAGCAAGCUAGAAGAGCAGAAAAUGAAGGCAUUUGUAUAUUUGGUCUUCCCAAACUCAGUUCUCUCAAACCUUCCAGAAGGACAGUUGAAGGUGCAAGGCGAACCAAUGGAACAUGGUAUCAUCACCUCUGUAACCCAGGGUGCAAUGCCAGUUGAUGACUAUCUCCACUGUUUAGAACGAGGGCGCGCAGCUACUGCCAAGAUGUCUGCUUUUCUCAGAAAGAGCCUGCAACCAAAGCUCCCAAUUGAUUGAUCUAAAGCUGGUCGAGUCCCUAUAGCUAAGAUUUAACCGAUGUACUUCGAUGAUAAUGAACGUUAUAUGAUGUACCUGGAAACUCCAUUUCAAUACUACAACACUUAAUGUUGGCCCUGAUUGUGCUAAA